AGGAAGAUUCGCAUGUUCAAAGUACGUAACGGCAUCGAAGAUGACAACCGGCUCCGGCUCGAUGCCUUCAUCGCUUUCAUGUACUGCGUGCAGUUUUAUUACCAGGCUUGGAGUAGCGCUGGGCCAUGAGCUUAACCUGAGUAAGGGUGCCCAGCGACUGGGUUCAGUGACAUUCCCGGAUAAGUGUCCGGCACUUGAAUGGCCAGCCUAGCCAUCCCUCCCCCCUGACUGGGAGAUAUCUCAGGGAUCUCUGGUUGCUAGUGGCGA